AUGAAACCAAACGUCGGAAGGUGUCGGAAGCGACGACUUCUGGAAUUUCCUGUCGUCUUCAUAGUGUUAUUAUUGGGUUUUGUAAAGCCCUCCACCUCCUCAUCAAAAACUCCCGAAUCCGUGGUAACAGACGUCGAAUUAAAGUGUCCCGACGAGUGGAUCCGUCUCGGAACAAAGUGUUAUCUGCCUUUCUCCAUUCACCAAUCUUGGCCGUUCGCCCUGACGACAUGUCAGAGAUACGGAUCGACACUUGCCAAGAUUCAGACGGGUUCCGAGAACCAGUUCAUUGCUAGUCUGUUGUCGAAACCCGCCAAAUCAUCACAAGAAGUCAAAGAGUACUGGAUUGGUCUCACUGUGGAGGUGCUCGACGACGAUGAGCUGUACAUCUGGUCGGACGGCACGCCAACAAGUCGAUACGUGGGAUUCUGGAGACAAGACCAGCCGAACUUCCUGAACGGAACAUGUGCAAUGGGACGUGUGGAACGGAAAGAUCUCGAAUGGCGAUUGGAGACGUGUAACCUGUUGAGAAAAUUCGUCUGUGAACGACCAGCGUGUGUCCAAGGAUCAUACUUCUGCUCGUCUGGAGCAUGCAUCUCGGAAUCCAAAAAAUGCAACGGAUACGCAGAUUGUGACGACGGAAGUGACGAACACAACUGUCCGUCGGCAUUCCAUCCGACAUGUCGGACCUCGGAGAAGGCGGAAAAUGGGCAAUUAAGUUCGCCUAAUUACCCGAACAGUUAUGAGCCCAAUUUGAAUUGUCGACAUGUGUUGGAGGGACCGAUUAAUUCGAGAAUCGAGUUGACCAUCGAACAUUUUGAGACGGAGCCAGAUUUUGAUGUGUUGACUGUGUUGGAUGGAGGACCCGCCGAGAAUAGUACUACAGUGAUCAAACGUCUCUCCGGCUCGCUGGACACUAUCCAAACGAUUACCUCAUCCACUAACAUGAUGAUUGUGCAAUUCCGAACGGACGCUCAAUCGAAUGCACGCGGAUGGCAACUGAAAUGGCGUGCCGUUCCGUUCUCAUGCGGUGGACACUACACCGCACAAGCCUACAUUCAAUCCUUCGUCUCUCCGGGCUAUCCGAAAACAUUUGCGAACGGAGCCGAGUGUGUGUGGACGGUGGAAACGACGCCAGGACAAGUCGUCUCUCUUAUUGUGAGUUUUUGGCUUGAAAAAGGGGGCGGAGCUUGA